ACUGAACUAACCAAUCCGACUGAACCAACUAAACCAACUGAACCAACUGAACCAACUAAACAAAAAUCCAAAUCAAACAAUGCAAAUCCUACUCAUUCUUCUCAAGCCUCUAAAUCCAAAAAUUGCUUAAGUUCAACUUUAAAGAGCUCUGAUACUUCUAAAGUCAAGUAUAAAACCUUUCUCAGAAAUACAUCCAAAUGUCAAAGCAACAAUAAUAUUAAAAGUAAUAAAUUUGGAUGUCUCCGUGAGCAAAUAAAUAAGGAAGAUAAUGCUAAUGACAGUAAUAAUAUUGAUGAGGAAG